AAACCUUACCUUUUACAAUUAUUGUGCUUCUUGUGACAUUUGUUGCUUUAUUUUUUAAAGAAACGCAAUUUGUCAUUAUUGGCACGUCUGAGGUUCCGUAGUAGCAGGAAGUAGCGUUUCACAACCAUCAGGGCUCCGGCGUGACAUUCACCGGGUUGUCAGAGUCAGGGGUUACAAAAAGGAGUAAAACGACCGCCCCGCGCUCAAACUAUAAGUUCUCAAAAUGAGGGUACUAAAGGCGGGUCUGUCUUUGGCUAAAUCUAAUGUCCUGGCUCCUGGAAGCGUCACUCUGAAAAAGGUGCUCAUCAACAGCUGCCGGACAUGCUCCUCCGGGAUCUAUCCCAACGAGAGAAUCCGCAACAUAGGGAUCUCCGCUCACAUCGACUCGGGGAAGACCACCCUAACCGAGCGCGUCCUCUUCUACACUGGCAGGAUAGCAGAGAUCCACGAGGUAAAGGGCAAGGAUGGUGUUGGAGCCACUAUGGACUCUAUGGAACUGGAGAGGCAGAGAGGCAUCACCAUCCAGUCAGCUGCUACAUACACUGUGUGGAAGAAUCACAACAUCAACAUCAUUGACACACCAGGUCACGUGGACUUUACCAUCGAGGUGGAGCGAGCGCUGCGUGUUCUGGAUGGUGCUGUGCUGGUCCUGUGUGCGGUGGGGGGAGUCCAGUGUCAGACUAUGACAGUGAACAGGCAGAUGAAACGCUACAACGUCCCCUUCCUCACCUUCAUCAACAAGCUGGACCGCAUGGGCUCCAACCCCAACCGAGCCCUGCUGCAGAUGAGAACCAAACUGAACCAUAACGCAGCCUAUGUGAACAUUCCAAUGGGCCUGGAGGGGAACAUACGCGGCAUCAUCGACCUUGUAGAGGAUAGGAGCAUAUAUUUUGAUGGACCUUUUGGUCAAGCUAUCCGCUAUGAUGAGAUCCCGGCAGAUUUCCGUGCUGAGGCUGCAGACCGGCGGCAAGAGCUGGUGGAGUGUGUUGCUGACGCUGAUGAAAUCUUGGGAGAGAUGUACUUGGAGGAAAAGGCUCUAACAAAUAGCGACCUGAAGGCUGCGAUCCGUAGAGCCACACUGCAGCGCCUCUUCACUCCGGUGCUGGUCGGCACUGCGCUGAAAAACAAAGGCAUCCAGCCUCUACUAGAUGCUGUUUUGGAUUACAUGCCAAACCCCACUGAAGUCAAAAACUAUGCCAAUCUCAAUGAUGACAUUGCCAAUGAAACAACAAAGAUGGAAAUGAACCCAACCAGAGACUCUACAAACCCGUUUGUUGCUCUCGCCUUCAAACUGGAGGCGGGCAGGUUCGGCCAGCUGACAUAUGUGCGGGUGUACCAGGGCUGCCUGAAGAAGGGAGAGUAUAUCUACAACACUCGCACGGCCAAGAGAGUCAGAGUUCAGAGGCUCGUGCGUCUCCACGCUGACCAGAUGGAGGACGUGGAGGAGGUUUAUGCUGGAGAUAUUAGUGCUCUCUUCGGGAUUGACUGUGCCAGUGGAGACACUUUUACAUCCAGGUCUGGCGCUAACCUAUCCAUGGAAUCUAUUCAUGUCCCAGAGCCUGUCAUUUCCAUGUCAAUAAAACCAAAUAACAAGAAUGACCUGGAUAAAUUCUCAAAAGGUAUGGGCCGUUUCACCAGGGAAGAUCCAACGUUCCGAGUGCAUUAUGACGCGGAGAGCAGAGAAACCAUCAUCUCAGGAAUGGGCGAGCUUCAUCUGGAAAUCUACUCCCAGAGGAUGGAGAGGGAAUACAACUGUCCCUGUGUGAUGGGAAAACCCAAAGUGGCUUUCAGAGAGACGAUCAGCAGUACUGUACAGUUUGACUACCUUCACAAGAAGCAGAGCGGCGGCUCUGGGCAGUACGGUAAAGUUAUUGGAUACCUUGAGCCACUUGAAGGCGAGCAUCAGACCGGCCUGGAGUUUGAAGACCUGACUGUUGGAACCAACGUCCCAAAGCAGUUCGUACCAGCUGUCGAAAAGGGCUUCAGGGAGGCCUGUGAGAAAGGACCCCUGAGCGGGCACAUGAUCUCAGGAGUUAAGUUCGUCCUGGAGGAUGGAGCGCAUCACAUGGUGGACUCCUGCGAGAUGUCCUUCAUCCGUGCAGGAGAGGGUGCUCUAAAACAAGCUAUGGAGAGAGCCGACACGGCCAUCCUCGAGCCCCUCAUGUCUGUGGAAAUCGUAGCACCUGUGGAGUUUCAGGGAGCAGUCAUUGCUGGUGUAACCCGCCGGCAUGGAGUCAUCUCCGAACACGACGGAACAGAGGGAUACAUAACCCUGUGUGCUGAUAUUCCACUGAACAACAUGUUCGGAUACGCAACAGAGCUGCGCUCCUGCACCGAAGGAAAAGGGGAGUACACCAUGGAGUACAGCAGAUACCAGCCCUGCCUGCAGGCAACACAAGACGAAAUCAUCCAGAAAUACUUGGAGUCUACAGGGCAGCUGCCUGCGAAGAAGAACAAGUGGAAGGCCUAAGAAAAACGUUAUCCACUGAUUAGACUGGACUUUAACGCGACCACCGUCCCUUGUAUUUACACACAUCAACUGUGACUCAACAAUAAGUCCUAAAUUUGUGGAGCCACGAAAAAACUGACACUUUACUUUUGUUUUGUAGCUGUUGUUCCUCCCUGAUGUUUGACCCACUGCAGAACACAUAUUUAUUACCUUGAUUUUAGAAACAUUUCACCUUGUUGGUAUAGAAAACUCAGUGAUUUGACAUAUAAUGGCUUUUGUACUAUGUACAGAAUGGUCUUUAUGAAAUGUCUGAAACAAAGAUAUAUAUAUCCCUCUUUUUAAAUUGUAGUUUUUCUUUUGUGCGCCUCAUUUGUCUCAACAACUACUUUCAAAUGCCUAGUUGCUCUUGGACAGCAGUAUGCUCCUGGCAACUUGUAGGUCUUUCACAGGAGAAAAUUGAUUAGAUAAAAAAAAUAAAGAACAGCUGUUUGGGUCAAUUAAGACUCACUUGUCAAUAAAACCAUUUUUUAAUGCUAAAUGACCUAUUUCCCCAAAAGUUAUGAGAACAUCUCUGGUAAGCACAAUAUUUGAAGUGGUGCUUUUGCCUGAUUCUUUGUGGAGAAACUCAAAAAAAGUGUAGUUAAGUGAAAAGAAACGUGAUUCCAAAUCAAAGCUAGUUCCUCCUCACCUGUUCAAACAGCUCUGUUUCCUCCACUGUCUCUGGGACGCUGUUGGGAUGAACCGUCGUGAUCGCGUAGUCAGCUUCAGGUCUGACUGUCACACUGGGGCUCCCAGUCACCCCACAUAACACAGCCAGAACCACAAUGAUCCUCAGACUCAUUUUAGUAAGCUGUAAUACACAGGCCAGAGAAAAGGAGAAAAACACUUCUGUUAAGGAGCCCAGGAAAGAUAAUGAGCCUCCUGUCAGUGUGGAGUUAUAUAACGGAGGAGGAGGGAGCAGAAGGAAGAGACUGUACAGACCUCUCUUGUCUUCCUGGCACGAUCUGUUUAUUUUGUUCUCCUCUUAACUAAACAAACUGCUCCACUUUAUCUGAUUCUGUUCUUCGUACGCUCUCAUGCAACUCACUUAAGUUGUCAGCCCCUAAAUGUUUCCACAGCCUCACGAGAUGAACUGAUUAGUUUAGCAACAGUAAUCCCAUUAGAGCAGCUGUGACUAAUGUGAGCUUGAUGUUUUGCAGCCUCCCUCUGUCCACUGUGUGCCAGAUUAAAUGAAGCAGGAUGUUCACUGAGACAAAUCAAACACGGCCUAGCAAUUUGGGGUUGUUAAAUUGCAAAAUGUACACAAUUAAAUAUAUAUUAAGGAAAGUUAUGAAAACAUCAGCUAGAAAAGUAGCUCACAAUCCACGUCAAACAAUGUUUUCAAAUGACACACUAAAACGUAUGGAGGUUAUUUAGAAAUGUCUUAAAUUGUUCUGAUAUCACAGACCUUGAAAAUGUAGAGAGGUUGAUUGUGCUCUGCUGAAAUAAACCUUCAACUCAG